UUUAAUAAGUCUAAAAAGAAGUAACUUGAGUUUUAAAUACAAGCUAACGAUAAACAGUGGCAAAAUUACAUAAUGUCAUUUUUUAUGACAUAAUCUACAUGCAACUACUGUGCAGGACAGUGGCGUUACGUACAACACCAUCGUGUCAUGUUCGUUCAGCAGCCGCUGGAUUUGCGUGCUCGUCCGUUUCGUUCUCGGUGAGACGAGUUACAGGUGUGAGAAUUUGGGAUCGGACGGAUUGUUUUCUGGUCCGGCGAGUUUAGACGGCAUUUUAUUUGCAGACACUCCGAUUUAACUGAGGAAGAUUUAGGAGGUGAUCUGAUAAAGACGCUAUAUAACGCAUACAUUGGUUUUCGUUGCAUAUUUGCGAGGAGUUGGUUUGCUCGUUCACGGAAGUUUACACAACACGAUACGAUAAUCCAAAAGGUUUCGGUUUGAAGAUGAGCAAACUGUACACCUCUAGAACGGCUAACAAUCUUUCUUUUAAUCUUCAUCAGUAGAUGUAAUCUACGCGAUUGCAGCUUUGAAAAACAAGUUGAACUUCACAAAAGUGAGAAGAUAAAAGGAAAAGCCUCGUCUUGCCCGGCGCGGAUUGGCUGCUCAGGUCUCCAAUCGCGUAUAAGCUGCGGCUACAGGAAACAAUGGCUUUUUUUUUUUUUUGAAAGCAAGCCCCGUGAUGUCAAAGGCUAUUUUUGGAGGGCGACGCCUCUUCUUCUGCUAUUUUGGUCGCCGGCAGCCUCGAGAGUUAGCUAAACUGUGCCUUCUCAUAACAAGCAUACACACCAAGACGACCGGGAGUGAGUGCGUGAGAAAGAAGAGCGGAGUGCGACACCUGAUCGCAAGCCUGCACCCCACCUUCCCUUACCGCUCCUCGUAGCCCACCGCCCCUCACGCCAGAUCACUGGGACGCGCGCCGCACCUCAGUCCGCCUUGGAUGAACCCUCAGAGCCUGGAUCCACAGGGGGACGUGCCGCGCAGAUGGAAACACGGAAAGCAACAACACAUUAAAAUCGGUGAAGAACGGAGGCGGCAGCAUUCUAUCUUCAGCGGAUGCAAGCUCCUCUGCAACCUUGCCCGUCCCGCAGGCCUCCCCCAUGGACCUCCGAGUUGGUCCGCGGCUGAUCAGGCCAGGCUUAGAUGCAGGCAUGCUGACGCCCAUCCCCCAUCCCCUUCUGAUUGGCGCGUUUCCGGCACAACAGAUUGUCCAGCCUACCAUUCACCGGACCAUACGGUUUAACAUGGAGACAAGGCAUGGCGAGCAUGACCAGGACAAGCAACCAGAACUACAGCAGUGGCACAAGGAGAAAAGCAAACCAAGUGCAGUGGCUAGCCCAGCGGUCAAAAGUAAACUCCAGGCAGUGAUCCGCAAGAGGCAGCAGCUGGCAUUGGAGAGGCGCAACUCCAGCCCCAUCAAUAACCAACCUGUGGCAUACAGGACACUGGCACCAGAUCCUGAGGUGCCCCUACCAACACAGCCCUCAUCCCGAGACAGCAGAGAAGACCUUCCGUUGCGCAGGACGGCUUCGGAACCCAACCUCAAGGUGAAGAGCAAGCUGAAGAAACAUCUGGGAGCACGGAAGAGCCCACUGACCCGGAAAGAGAGUGCCCCACCCACCAUGAGACGCAGACCACCCGACAAUUUAGAUUCCUCUCCAAGUAGCAGCAGCACACCGGUAUCCGAGUGCAGCUCCCCGAAUGACAGCAUUCACAUGGAAAAUGGUGUCAUUGGCCCAAGCGCUGGAGUUCCUCAUGAGCUGGUGCUUCCAGACGGCUCUCGAGCUCACUUCAGUCCUAUGAACGCAACAGCCCUCCCGACGAUCACUUUGGGUCUGCCAGCCAAUGCCAAGGCAGAGGCAGACCAGUCCAGUCUGGUCGCAGGAAAAGCCGGCCGUCUCUCCGUCCUCGCUGGAGCUCCACCUCAGGUUUACCUCCCCAUCAAUCUGGAGGAGCCCGGCACUCAGCUGUCCCCCAGACUACAGCCAGUGGUCAUCCUGGAGCCCACGGGACUGGUUCAUGCCCCACUGGUCACAGUUCCAGGCCUCGGCCCUGUGCCCCUGCAGUUCGCCGCCCCCCUGGGACCCCACAAGCCGCUGAGCCGUACCCGCUCAGAGCCGUUACCCCAAAGCCCCCGCUCCCUCCAGCAGCACCUCUUCCAGCAGUACCAGCACAGUCAGCUCCUGGAGAGGCUCAAGCAGCAGAGCCCACUGGCCAAGCUGAUGACCAAGACCAGUGAAAAGCCACGGCUCAAGCAAAUCCCCUCCGAGGAUAUGGAUGGCGAGGAAGCAGGAAUAGACACCAGCUCUGCUUGUCGAAGAAGAGCCGAGUCUCUGCGGGACACAACAUCCGGACAGGAUCUGUCUGUAGGGGGCAGCGAGGAGAGGGAGCGGCAACAGCAGCACUUCUACCUGCAGAGUCACGAGGAGCUUCUACUUCAACAGCAGUCGUUACUUUGGGAGCACCAAAAGCAGCAGUUCCGCAGACACACGGCCCAGAUGGAGAACCUUGCAGUCCCUAUGGUGCUUGGGGCUCAUCGGCCCCUCUCCCGCGCCCAGUCCUCUCCGGCCUCUGCCACCGUGUCACUCCCCGAGAAGACCCUCACUCUUCCUGUGCAGGAAAACCCCACCAAACCACGCUUCACCACAGGCAUUGUGUACGACUCCCAGAUGUUGAAACACCAGUGCACAUGCGGGGACAACAGCACACACCCCGAACACGCGGGGAGAAUUCAAAGCAUCUGGUCACGGCUGCAAGAGCGAGGACUGAGGAACCAGUGUGAGAGCAUUAAAGGAAGGAAAGCAUCACUCGAGGAGCUGGAGUCAGUCCACUCGGAGCACCACGUGCUGCUGUAUGGCACCAACCCACUCAAUCGCCUGAAGCUGGACAAUCGCAAGCUGGCCGGAAUCUUGUCCCAGCGGAUGUUUGUCAUGUUGCCCUGUGGUGGUGUGGGGGUGGACAGCGACACCAUUUGGAACGAGAUGCAUACGUCCACAUCUGCCCGAAUGGCUGCUGGCUGCGUCACAGAGUUGGCCUUCAGGGUGGCCAAGGGAGAACUUAAGAAUGGUUUUGCCAUAGUGAGGCCGCCAGGACAUCAUGCUGAACCAUCCAAUGCCAUGGGGUUUUGUUUCUUCAACUCGGUCGCCAUUGCAGCAAAGCAACUACAACACAAACUCAACGCGAGCAAGAUUCUCAUAGUGGACUGGGACGUCCAUCAUGGCAACGGGACCCAAGAAGUUUUCUAUAGUGACCCUAACGUGUUAUACAUUUCGCUGCAUCGCUACGACAAUGGAAAUUUUUUCCCUGGCAGUGGUGCCCCGAACGAGGUCGGGACUGGACCAGGCGAAGGUUUUAAUGUUAACGUAGCCUGGACUGGGGGUCUGGACCCACCCAUGGGAGAUGCAGAGUAUCUUGCCGCAUUCAGGACUGUGGUGAUGCCAAUUGCACAAGAGUUUUCUCCAGAUGUCGUCCUGGUAUCGGCUGGGUUUGAUGCUGCUGAUGGGCACCCACCACCAUUGGGAGGGUACAAAGUGUCAGCAAAGUGUUUCGGCUUUCUAACAAGACAGCUCAUGCGACUGGCUGGUGGUCGCUUGGUCUUAGCUCUGGAAGGAGGACACGACCUGACGGCUAUCUGUGAUGCUUCUGAAGCCUGUGUGGCAGCACUGCUAGGCAAAGAGGACACGCUUCCGGAUGAAGUCUUGCAGCAGCGACCCAAUGUCAAUGGCAUUUCCUCCUUAGAAACCGUCCUCCAAGUGCAAAGUCAGUACUGGAAGUCGGUGGUCCGAUUCAUCUCCACCGUUGGUUACUCCUUCAUUGAGGCCCAGAAGCACGACAAGGAAGAGGCUGAUACGGUCACCGCCCUCGCCUCGCUCUCUGUUGGAGUCCAGCCAGGGGUCAUCGUGGAAAAAAGAUCUCAUGAUGAACCAAUGGAAGAAGACUGUUAAUACACAGCGGAAGCCUACAACACCACCCAACUUGUCACCUCACCUGCCCCAAGCAUCAACACAGUAGGGGGGGGAGG